AUGAGGAUUAGUGCGGUUUCACCUAUGUGUGUGUGUGCGUAAGUGUGUGCGCGCCGCGGACCAGGUUAAGUAGCUCGGAUAUAAUAUUUACCUCCGCGUACUGUUAUGAAAGGAGAAACUAUGGUGCUGUGACCCGGAGCGACUGUGUUGUUUAUCCGUGGGAGGACAUACCGAGUGUGUGUGUGUGUGUGUGUGUGUGUGUGUGUGUAUGUGUAUGUGUGUGGUGAAACCUGCUGGUCGACGUCGCUCUAACUGCUGUGCGCUCUUCACCAUCCAACCGGAGGAUCCGUCCGACGGACAAGAAUGAGGUCCUCAUCUGCUUAGCGACCCGUCCUUGUUUAAAGAUGGUUCAGCGAAGGGCCUCUGUGAUUAUGCUUCCUUCUGUGGUUGUGGUUGCUCCCAGUAAGCAGUCAGGAAUGUCCUCCUUCUCCUGCCUAUGACAUGGUUUAACCCACAUAUGAUCCGGUCACCAUGAUGGCCUCCAUGGUUGCCAAUGGAAACAGAGACGGGCAGUCUCUGGUCUUGAAAGGGGUGGAUCCAGAGACCUGCAUGAUUGUGUUCAAGAACCACUGGGCUCAGGUGGUGAAGAUCUUAGAAAAGCAUGACCCCCUUCGCAGCAGCUCCACCCUGCCCUCCCUGGGUGUCAUCAACCUCAGCGCCAGCUCUGGCAGCAGCCCUCGUUUCGGCCCCAUCCCCGGAGACGAGGCGAGCGCGGUGCAGAACUAUGUUGAGCACAUGCUGUUCCUGCUGAUGGAGGAGGAGAGCGGUCAGGCCGGCGCCAUGGGCCCCAUCCUGGAGUUUGUCGUGAUGGAGAAUGUGAUGGAGCGUCUCUUUGUGUGGAGCCUCCGCAGGGAGUUCACAGACGACAUGAAGCUGGAGCAGCUAAAAAUGUACGAGAUGCUGGUGGGCCAGGCGCACCAGCCCUUGCUGCACCACAAGCCCAUCCUGCGGCCGCUCAUGAUGCUGCUGUCAUCCUGCUCGGGCACCACGACACCACGGGUCGAAGCUGAGCUGGUGCUGCUGCUCAACCAGCUGUGUUGCGUGCUGGCAAAGGACCCUUCUAUUCUGGAGUUGUUUUUCCACACUAGCGAGGAUCAGGGAGCCACCAACUUCCUCAUCUUCUCUCUGCUCAUCCCCUACAUCCACAGGGAGGGCACGGUGGGUCAGCAGGCCAGGGACGCACUGCUGCUCAUUAUGUCGCUGUCAGCUGAGAAUGAGCGAGUGGCCAAACACAUUGCAGAGAAUACCUACUUCUGCCCGGUUCUGGCCACAGGGCUGAGCGGCCUGUACUCAUCUCUGCCCACCAAGCUGGAGGUUCCCAACGAGGAGUGGCACUGCCUGCACAAAGAGGACUGGCUCCAGAUGCCGCCCCUCGUCCAGUUUCUCAACUCGCUGGAGUUCUGCAACGCUGUUAUUCAGGUGGCCCACCCUGAUAUCAGAGACCAGCUAGUUAGCUACAUCUACAACGGAUUCCUCGUGCCUGUCCUAGCACCAGCUCUACACAAGCUGACCCUAGAAGAGGUGAUGACCACCACAGCAUACCUUGACCUCUUCCUGAGGACUGCGUCUGAGCCGGCCCUGCUGCAGACCUUCCUCUCCUUCAUCCUCCUCCACCGACACGAGAGCGUCCACAUCUUAGAUACUCUUGUCAGCCGCAUCAAUACCCCCUUCCAGUUGGGCACUGUGUCACUGGCACUUUUCCGCACUCUCAUCGGCUUAUACUGUGAAGAUGUGAUGCUGCAGCUCGUCUUGAGGUACCUGAUCCCCUGUAAUCACAUGAUGUUGAGUCAGAGACGUGUUGUGGGGGAGAGGGACUGCUACUCUGUGUCAGCAGCCAAGAUCCUGGCAUUAACGCCGUCCUGCUGCUCUCCUGAUCACAGCCCCCCGCCCCUCCGACAGCUGGACUCCAUCCUCUUUUCCAAGGGUGCAGAGACUCCCAGCAACACCAGCACCACAGAGGAAAAUGAGAGCUUCUUAGAAGAGGAUGAUGGCUCCGGUAACUCCUGCACCAUCGGCUCAGAAAUCUAUCUGGAUGUCAGUUAUCUUCAUUACCUCUACGAAGCCCGUCUGAGCAUCAGCAGCUGCAUACGGGCCUGCCAGGUUUGGUCAGCGCUGUACGAUGGCGAGGACCCUCCUCCUGAGAAAUACCAGCCAGGCGUCCUCGAGGAGCCGGUGCUGAAGAUUAGGCAAACCCAGAUGGCUGUUAAGAGAGUGCCACAGCCACUGGCGCCUUGCCCUCAACCGAGCACAGAGCCACCCUCCGUCACACAGCUAGAGCUGGAGUGGGAUGAUAGUUACGAUGCGUGUCCGGUGCAGACCGCUGAGGCUCCUGUGGAGAGUAAGCCUCAACAGCAGCCUCCUGCUGAGCCCCCAAAGCACAUCCAGGAGAUGAGGAAAACAGCCAUCAAGUUGGUGAAAGGCUCAUAUAUUGAGGAAAGUGAAUUCCAAGACGACGUCAUGGUGUACGAUCUCGUUGCUAAGAAAGACGCCAGAGAUGUUGAACAAGUUAAGCUCAAAUCCAAAGCGUCUGAAUCAGAGGAAACCCAACCAAGCUCAGUAGAAGUCUCCCUAAAAAACGGACUUAGUCUGACACUUCCAACCUCUGUGAUGUCUGAUAAAAACAGCUCAGACACAAAGGUCAAAGGUCAGACAGAUUGUAACGCCCAAAACACCACAGCUGCCGAGUCAGGUGACGACCUGUUGGCUCAGUAUGAGGAGCUCAUUCGUACGCUGGACACUCAAGCAGGUGGAAAACAGGUCAAACCUGAUGGAGAGCUGAAGAAGCCCGUCACACCUGCAGAGGAGGAGGAAGAGGAGAUGGAUUUCACCUCCUUCUCUGCUGAGACACCAGAGCCAGAGAAACUGCAGUCACCAUUUGGGGUCAAGUUUAGCAGCGGGGGAGCAGGAAGAAGCCAGUCAGUGCCUUUUACUGGUCCAUUUGUUAGUGUGCUGUUGUCUCGUCUGGAGAACAUGCUGUCUAACUCGCUUCACGUCAACUUGCUGUUGACGGGCAUCCUGGCCCAGUUGGCGGCCUACCCUCAGCCUCUCCUACGCUCCUUCCUGCUCAACACCAACUUGGUCUUUCAGCCGACUGUUCGCUCUCUUUACCAGGUACUGGCCACUGUGAAGAACCAGAUAGAACAGCAGGCUGCCAACAAAAGAGACUUUCCAGAGCUGAUCACUGCCGCCCAACACUGGCUGCUGGCAAGGGAGACUUUGUUCACAGCAGCAGACAAAAGCAGCAAACGCUCCACCCAAGGCGAGACGGGAAGGUUGUUGACGAAUUCGCCGCCACCGAAACCCAAAGCCAUCUCUCUGGACCGGACAGAUGUCUUCGCUACCGUCCUCUUCACGGAGUUCCUCAAAGAACUGGCUGCCAUUGCACAAGAGCACUCCAUCUUAUCGUACAUUCCUAUGGAAGAGUGAUCGUGUCCCAGUUUAACUCUCAAAGACUUUCAAAGACUCUCUUUUGAUGGUGGUUUUCUAUUUUUUUGUCCUUUUCAGGCACUACUUGAUGAAGAAACCUCUCAGAUUUAGUGAUUUAUGCGACUGUUUUAAAAGAUCAUAGCGUAUUUAUUUUCCCAAGCAGAGAUAAUCAAGUUCUUGAGCUUUUUAAUUUCAUCUUUUAGUCCUGUAAAGUUCUGUUUGGCAGCCGCGACGGAGGCCCAAACACUGACCUGUUAGCUGAAUCCUGCACCAGCCGCUAAUGCUCAUAAGAGCAAGCUCCAGGUCCACCAACCAAAGAAUGUAGGGAGAUGAUUUUAACAAAAACAGCAUUUUUUUUAAAGCAAUCAUCAGCCCUUUUUAUCUGGACUCCUCUGAAUGUCUUCUACAACCAGCGUCAAUAACAGCAAGAUGUCUGCUACUCAGUGUGGUUUGUUAAACACUCAGGUGGCCUUUCAGGAAUGUUGUUUCCUCUUUGCCAUACGAUUUCACACCAUAUCUGAGCACCACGUGGAGCCUCUGUCGCUUUCAGAGGGCAAGCCUUUGAAUUAGCAGCAUACAAAUGUACUUUGAAGUUGUUGCCGACCUGCAGCACGGCCCAAUCUUUCUUCUUAUGCAACUGUUACAUGACUUCAUUUUUGUCAACAGGUGGGUGACAUUUGUCUCCGAACUUUUGUGUGUUAGAUGCACAGUUGUUUUGGUGUUUUUCUGUCAUUUCACGACAGUACCUCAGGAGUCUUUUUUUUAAUGUACGCUUUGUUCUCUCGGUUCUUAAACAGCAUGUGGGUGAACUGAUUUUCCUACAGUGCACUAGUGUCUGACAUUAAUGGGCUCCAGAGCCAGAGUUAUUCAUGCUAUAUUUAAUUUGCCUUACUAUAGUGAUGCUUUAUGAUGUACAUAUUGUAAGAAGAGAUGUUCUAAUGACACAGGACACUAUGCAAAUCAAGGAUAUUUUGGGUAUAAUUACGUUUUGGAUAUUUUCAGAAUGGGACGGGGUAUUUAAGCUUUUAUGAGAGUUUCUAUUGCCAUAUUGUUUUUUUUUUGUUUUGUUUUGUUUUUUUUCACGAGGUUACAGUAGAGGUAGUUGUUAUGAUUCGUCUUCUUCUGUUUGGGGACUGUAUGGUGGUGUUUUAGUUGUGAUAAGUCUGAAAUAUUACUGUUGGGAGAGUCGUAGUUUUUGUAUCUGUUGAAAAGCAUCUCACAUUGUAACGGUUACUGGGGGCAAGCUCUUGAAAAAUCGCCUUUAUUUUAGUCCCAACUAUUUCACAUGGAUGUUAAAAUUAGAUAAUACAAGAGAUCUAUUUUGUUACAAAGCAUGCCUCUGCUGUCUAAAUGGAUUCACAAGGACAGGAAUACUUAAUAAUUAGUGCCUAAAUUAUGAUUUUAGUUCACAUUAUUGCCUGAUUUCGAAUUAAUUUACACAAGAGUCGUACGAAACGUUAAAAUUCAUAGUGAUUUUGUUGUUGCUUGUUGUUGUUUUUACUUGAAGCUGUCCAUUUUUAGAGUGCAAAGACAAGGCCAUGGGGACUGAGGACAUGCAACACAUAUUCUGUACCAUUAUUUCUUACGUGCUCUGUUUUAACUCCGCAGAGGACUCUAACACUGCUUUCAAAAUAAUGUAUUUUUUGUCUCGAUUAAACCCAUUUUUUAGGUGUAAAAAAACCCCCAAAAUCAGCCACCAUAUAUUCAUAAGCUGUUGAUAUAAUUUGGAAAUUUACCCAACACUUAAACAGGUUGUACAAGUUUUAUUGGAUCUUGAAUUUUAUAUAGAAAAACAUGUCAGAAAUUAUAAGAACUGUUUUUUUUGUUCAGUUAUAAAAAGGAUUGAGACUUAAAGAUAACGGACUCCUUUGAUUACAUCUACCAAAAAGUUAAUGUACCUUUUUGAAAACACAGAUUAUUAGGACAUCUGGUAGUCUCGUAAGACUACACUAAGUGGAUUAUCCUCCCAUAAGUCUGGCUAAUAAGAUGAAAAAUUGUGUUUUACUUUAAUUUUAAACCUAUAUUUGUUUCUGUUCAAAUCCAUUCAGCUUCUACUUGAUGCUACACAUGCAACAGAUUAUGCAGCGGGAUCUUUGUGUACUCAUUUUUACAAAACAAAAUGGCUCGAAAAUAGAUAUUUGUAUCAACCAAAGCCAUUUUCAAAGUUGUUGAAUAAGUAUUUCUCUCUGGUAAAAAGAAUGUCGCCGAGCACUUUAUCAACCUUUUCAAACUGCAGUGUCACUCCACACUGCUGACACCUCAGCCAGCACAGGCACAUUCAGUCUGUGCAACACACCCAGCACAGUAUAACAAUCACUGUUUUAGGAGCAUUUGGGCAUAAAGAUGGGUAUUACAAGCAAGGUUAUAGAGCAGUUUCUGUCUCAGUAGGUUCUUAUUCCAAAGAUUCAUCCUUUCUGACACCAUUUGGCCUCAAAGUUCUGUCCGAGAUGUGAUCGGGUUGCUGUUUGUGGCUGAUGUCUGAGACACAAGGCAUGCCUCUUCUAAUAAAGUCAGCCUCUGGUAAAUAAAACUGGAUGCAUGAAA